UUCAUCGGAUGGCACCUUCUUCUCCGAGUGUUGCUGAUUCGCUGCAUCCGUCAACAACACCCGAAGUCGUAGAGAAUGAUCUUCAGCCAUUCUUCGUUCUUCAUAAAGCUUCAUCCCAAAGAAAAGAUAGGACAUCAACAGGACAGGGAAAAUUGCGCAAGAGAAAUGAGUUAUCUUCAUCAUCACCACAAAGUGUAAAGAAACUGGAAGGAAGUAUGACUGAAGAAUGCGAUGGCCAUUUAUUUCAGCAACUGCAGAUUGGAGCUUUUGACAAUGUUUGGACAAAAAUUGAAUCUACAAUUGAGGAUGUUUUAAGAGAUCUCAAUGCUAGUGUAUUUAAUGAUAUACAACAGUGGGUUCUGGAGUGCUACAACGCAACUAGAUUGCUUGGAGAACCUACUAUUGCUGAAGCAACUCGCUCUUUUCCUGUUCUAAAUAAUACUACUGUUGGGCAGCUGUUCACUGCAUUAGUUAUUACCAGAAACAUAGAGUUCGUUGAUGAUAUAUUUACAUUUGAAGAACUCAGCCAUUUCUUGAAAUCCCAUGGAUGCCAUGUGGGUAUGCUUUCAUCAAUGGAGUUUUCAAUAAAAAUUGGGAUUGCUGGUUGCUUGAAAGCUUUAUUGCAUGAGUUUCUUGGCGGAGCUAUCGAUGUGGCUGAUAUAUCAAUCUUAGCAUCGUGGUAUAGAGAACAAGACAACUACAGUAAACCACUGGUGGUGAUCAUUAAUGAUUUGGAGAGAUGUUGCGGAUCAGUCUUAACUGAUUUUAUCCUGAUGUUGAGUGAAUGGGUUGUCAAGGUGCCAAUCAUCUUAAUAUUUGGAGUUGCAACAACGGUGGAUACCCCAAGAAAUAUAAUGCCAUUUCAUGCUCUUGAGCGGUUGUGCCCCUCUAGGUUCAUGCUUGGAACACCAGCAGAGAGAAUGGAUGCAAUUGUUGAGGCUGUUCUUGUCAAACAUUGCACCACGUUCAGUAUUGGUCAUAAAGUGGCACUCUUCCUGAGAAAUUACUUCAUCAACCAGGAUGGGACAGUAACAUCUUUUAUUAGAGCUUUGAAGGCAGCUUGCUUAUUACAUUUCUCUAUGGAACCUCUGAGUCUCAUACAUGGGGGAACACUUGCUGAAGAACAGAGAGAGGGAAAAUCUGCAUUAUCACCAGAGACUAUUUUGAAAUACAUAGAUGAACUUCCAUCGUAUGCAAGGAAUCAAAUGGUUGAUCAUCAGACUAAAAAGAGCGUGGCGAAAGGUUUGUCAGAGCUUAUGACAGUGCAGAAGCGAUGGAGCACUACCGUUCUCGUUUUCUGUGUUUCUUUUCCUUUUGAUGUUGGUUAUUUUUUUUCCUCUUGGUUAUCCCCUUUUACGGUGGAUGAGAAUUGGGAAGUCUAUUAUGUUCGCCUUGCAUUUAGCUAUGCUGCGAUACCUGUGAAUUUCAUCUUUGUUGACGUGGCUAAGUUGGAGUUCAUGAUCCUGAUUUUUCCUUUGGUUCAGUGUCUAUAUGAAGCUGGAAAAUAUAGCAGAGUGCGAUUGCUGGAUUUGUUUUGUGAAGCUCUCAAUCAAGAUUUGUAUCCGUUAAGGGAUUCUGAUUGUCAUGUGGGGGAUGAAAAAGAUCGUGGUUUGUCCUCGACAAAGGAUCCCUGUCAACAAUACUCUAUCAUGCAAAACGGGGGUUUUAUUUGCCAGAUAGUACGCAAAGUGAGGGAUCUCCCCACAGGAAUGCUACAUCAGUUGAUUGAGAAUUGGGGAAAACUUACUGCAGAUAUUUCAGAGAUUCAUGAGAAAUUAAAAGCGUUGCAAUCUUCAGUAAUAUGCGAAGAUGGAAAGAGUUCCCGCAAGAGUUCCAAGGACAUUUCCAAGUAACAUUUUUACUCUCUCUUUUUUUUUAAUUUAUUUCCUUAUUGGAGAUAUGCAUCCAGUAUUUCAGUAAACAUCGACAAGGACGCAAGAAUGUUAAAUUCGCAAGCUAUUGCAUUUUUAGAUUGUCUGGUUAGAGAUUUUUUGAAGCCCAUUGAAGGCAUGCCUUUCCAUGAAAUUUUCUGCUUCAAGAAUAUUGAGAAGCUUCAAUUGGUUUUAAUUGGAGAUCCAAGAAGAAGAAUUCAAGUUGAUCUGUUGGAGGUCCAUAAGAUUUUAAGGUGUGGUUGCUGUAGCAAGAGUGGCAGUGCCCUAUUGCCAUCGAGGCAUGAUUCCUCAAUUAUGUAUUCUCUGGCUCAAGAGCAUGGAGAUCUUAUCAAUCUUCAUGACUGGUUCGAGUCUUUUAGAACAAUUGUUCUUCAACAUAAAAAUAAACGGAAACAAAAAUCAAAGCAGUCCCCCCAACCAAAGAAGAGAAAAGAUAUAAACGGAUCUGCAGACCAAAACGAAGCAUCAAUCCAAGCACGCUUUUGUAGGGCAGUUACAGAGCUGCAGAUCACUGGACUGGUUAGAAUGCCCAGCAAGAGGCGCCCUGAUUUUGCUCAAAGAGUUGCAUUUGGUCUUUGA